AUGGCUUUGCAGUCGUCUGUUUUUGCGGCCUUUUCAUUACUUCCCUACGGUAAGCUCAUUAUAAUGAGAAGUCAACCUGUAAAAGUUGAUCGGAUUUGCUGUGUCGGGGCCGGCUACGUGGGUACACCAACCUCAGCUGUGAUCGCACUUAAAUGUCCAGAAAUUCAAGUCACCGUCGUCGAUUGCAAUGCGGAAAGAAUCGCCGCUUGGAAUUCCGACAAACUCCCCAUUAAAGAGCCUGGUCUUUUGGAUGUUGUGAAAGCUUGUAGAGGGAAGAACUUACAUUUUUCUACGGAUGUUAAUAUGCACGCUAGUGAAGCGGAUAUUAUUUUUAUCUGUGUGAACACCCCCACAAAGAAUUAUGGAAUCGGAAUGGGACGCGCUGCAGAUCUGACCACACUUGAAGCAGCAGCCCGAACGUUAGCCUCUUGCUUCACGACUUCGAAGGUCGUAGUCGAAAAGAGCACGGUUCCGGUCCGCUCUGCAGCUCGUGUAGCUGAGCUUUUAAACCUUCAGUCACCCAGUCAUCUCGAUCAUACAGUCCUGUCGAACCCCGAGUUUCUCGCCGAGGGCACGGCUAUCAACGAUCUCCUCUACCCGGACCGCAUUCUUAUUGGUGGCGACGAGGACUCGCCUGCCGGCCGUCGCGGUCUGGAGAUGCUCACUUGGGUCUACAAGCACUGGAUUCCCGAAGAAAGAAUCCUUCUCACCUCCGUUUGGUCCUCAGAGCUCUCCAAACUCGCGGCCAACGCAUUUCUGGCCCAGCGAAUCAGCAGUAUUAAUGCUGUUUCGGCGAUUUGUGAGGCGACGGGUGCUGAUGUCCGCGAGGUCGCCAUGGCUAUCAGUCGCGACUCUCGUAUCGGUCCUUAUUUCCUUCAAGCCAGUCUCGGUUUCGGUGGCAGCUGCUUCCGUAAAGAUAUUCUCAAUCUUACGUAUAUUUGUGAGUCACUGAACCUGCCGGAGGUGGCUUCUUAUUGGAACAUGGUGCUGCGACUUAACGACCACCAAAUAGAGCGAUUUUCGCGGUCCAUUGUGCGCUCAAUGUUUAACAAUCUUCGGGACAAAAGGGUCGCCAUCUUCGGCUUCGCCUUUAAAAAAGACACUGGGGAUACUAGAGAGAGCCCAGCUAUACGAGUAUGUUCCAUCCUUCUCUCCGAGUGUGCUCAUCUAGCGAUUUUCGAUCCUCAAGUCUCCGACCAACAAAUCAUUACUGAUCUCAAUGAAACCUCAAGUCCCGAUUUAGUUCGUGCCAACGUCACCAUAUGUCGAAACCCGAUGGAGGCUGCUGUGAACUCCCAUGCAAUCGUCAUUUGCACGGAGUGGGACGAAUUUAAGGCCAACUACCAGAGUCUUUAUGAUGUGAUGUGCAAACCGGCCUGGCUUUUCGAUGGUCGUCUAAUUGUGGAUCACCGACUACUCAAGAAGAUCGGCUUCCAUGUCAAAGCCGUCGGCGUAUACCUGAACGAUGACAAAGACUACCUACAGCCUCCUUUGCACUAUCAUUAA